UCGCUGCGCUGUACACACGUGUGGCAGAGCUACAUCUGCAAAUGUACAGUCCAAUGUAAAACCAGUGAUGACAUGUCAGCCAGAUCGCCGGUACUAGAUAUCAUGUCCUCACAGUGCAGGUCUUUUUCUUCUGCCAUGCAUCUUCAGCAAGGCCAUAAUGAAACAUGUCUGCCACAGAACCCAUCAGAUUUAUUCACCUUUAACAAUACAGUAAAGAUAUGUGCACCCAUGGUACGAUAUUCUAAAUUGGCAUUCAGGAAUCUAGUGAGGAAGUAUGGCUGUGACUUGUGCUAUACACCUAUGAUAGUUGCAGCAGACUUCAUCAAGUCAGCUAAAGCCAGAGACAGCGAAUUCACUACAAACCAAGGAGAUCAGCCAGUUGUUGUACAGUUUGCUGCUAAGGAUGCCCAGGUAUUAGCUGAUGCAGCUCUACUUGUCUGCCCUUUUGCUGGAGGUAUUGAUCUUAAUUGUGGAUGUCCUCAGAGGUGGGCAAUGUCUGAAGGUUACGGUGCGUGCCUUAUAAACCAGCCUCUGCUAGUCAGUGAUAUGGUGAAACAAGUACGUAGCAGAGUUGAGAAUGAAAGAUUUUCCGUCUCAAUUAAAAUAAGAAUCCAUGCAGACCUUUCAAAAACAGUUGACCUUUGUCGGAAAGCAGAGGCUGCCGGUGUUUCCUGGAUCACUGUACAUGGGAGGCUGUCUGAAGAAAGGCAUCAGCCUGUGCAUUAUGAUGCAAUAAAAGCUAUUAAAGACAGCUUAUCAAUACCUGUGGUGGCCAAUGGAGACAUCAAGAGCUUAAAAGAAGCUGAGAAUAUUCAUCAGAUUACUGGAGCAGAUGGUAUUAUGGCAGCAAGGGGCCUUUUGGCAAACCCAGCCAUGUUUGCAGGAUAUGAGGAAACGCCGUUGGCCUGUAUUCAAGACUGGGUAGACAUUGCUCUGGAACAUGGCACACCAUUCACAUGUUUUCAUCAUCACCUGAUGUACAUGAUGGAGAGAAUAACCUCAAAGCAAGAGAAGAGGGUUUUUAAUGUCCUGUCUAGCACGUCAGCAGUUUUAGACUAUUUAAAAGAUACCUAUGGAAUGUGAUGGCCUAUGCAGCUGCUGUCCCUGUUCUGUUAGAUAUGACAGGGGGAAUAGCUCUGCACAAUGUCAUGGCAACAAAUGAUGGACCCCACAAUGAACAGACUCCACUGUAAGUUGGUGGGGACUGUCAGGUGCCCUUAUAAUCUUAGGGCUUGUUCACAUAAGCAGUGUUACCUUCAAACUCGCAGCACGUUUCCCGCUGCGAGUUUAAGAAGGGACGAACUGUCUGAGGAAAUUUUUCGGCAGCCUAAAAUCCACUACAGACCCCAUUGAAGCCAAUAGGGUCUGCGGCGCAAAUACACUGCCGAAAAUCUGCUGUGUAGAACCCAACCCCUUUCAAACUAGCAGUGGGAAACACACUGCGAGUUUAAAAGUAAAUCCAGUGCAAUAAAGGAAUAGCAAUUAUGCACUGUCACUCCAUACACGUAAGUAGCAAUAUAGGGCAAAGUCAAAUGGCAUGGUGAACCUGUUGGGUGCUAACGUGUACUUUGCUGUUUAAAAGUGAAGUGAUGGAUCUGGCACAGCGUUGUGGCAUCCAUUAUAACAGGGGGCAUUGAUGCAGUUGUGAACUGAACCUAAUUGGAAUAUUGUUAUUCACUGCUAUGGUUUGUAUUGCAAACUCCAUUAUAGAUAGAGUUGUGCCUUAAUUUUGCUUCCAUGGAGCUACUGCUGCAAUCUAUUUAGUUUUAAGAGUCUCUAUUUGGUCAGUUGAGAUUAGGAAUAUUAUGGCAGCAUCUUCAUUGUUUUUUAUUGUCCUGUUUUGCUUUUAUACUUUUUUUUUUAGUCCUCUUUAACUCUCUCCUGGCUACAAAUACUAUGGGAAAGAUUUAUCAAACCAUGUGCAAAGGAUCAGUGCAUAUCAACCAGUAGUGACCAAAAUACUGUGUGUAAAAGAGGCUAUAUAGAUGUUGCUGAUUUGUUAUGUUUUUAUCUGUAUAAAGUUGUAUUACUUAUCAUUUUGACCCUCUUUUUCCCAGAUCAUUUUUAAAUAAGAAAUAUGUCUUAUAGUGUUUAUUAUCAUCAACCAUUUACCAUAGUGUUCAGAGUUCAUGUACUUUUUUAUAUUAUAGUUUUUAAGUUUCAUAUGUGUGUUAUCUUAUCUUUAAAGGGGUACUCCGCCCCUGGCAUCUUAUCCCCUAUCCAAAGGAUAGG